AUGACGGAUGGUUCUCGUCUACCCGAAGUGCCCAUACACGCAGCAAUGGACAACCACCACCACCACCAGACUGACUACUUCAGUCAUGAUGCCGAAUCUUCGACCACAGCAACCUCGUCCGAGCUAAGUCUGGCGGGCCGAUGGGGCGAACGGGAUCAAGGGGAACCCGUCUCCCGCCGGGGCGCCAUGGAGGACUUGGAGGAGAUGAGGAGAGAACUGACCCAACUCAGCCUCCGGCGAACCAAGUCAGCCACCAGAGACGCCCAUCGGCUACGAUCCUUUGCGUCAGGACGAGCCAGCCAAGCGCGUGACGAAGAAAAAGCCAUCGAUGAGGAGGAGUCGACCAUCAACGGCGAUUAUGGCAGCGACUUCGAUCUCAACGAGUUCCUGAUGGGCGGACAUCUCGAGCGGAGAACGACGGCAGGGGAGCCAGCGAAGAAGGUCGGCGUGGUUUUCAAGAAGGUCACCGUCAAGGGGGUCCAGAUGGGCGCCUCCUUCGUGCGUACGCUGCCUGAUGCCGUGAUUGGCACCUUCGGCCCCGAUCUCUACCGGAUCGUCUCCGGGCUCAUCCCGCAGUUGCGCUUUGGCCGACAGCCCCCCGUCCGGGAACUGCUGCACGACUUCACCGGUCUUGUCCGGGAGGGAGAGAUGAUGCUGGUUCUGGGCCGGCCAGGCGCGGGCUGCACGACGUUUUUGAAGACCAUUGCCAACGAUCGAGCGGCCUUCGCGGGUGUGGAGGGGGAGAUCAGCUAUGGUGGUCUCUCCGCGGACGAGCAACUGAAGCACUUCCGCGGUGAGGUCAACUACAACCCAGAGGAUGACCAGCACUUCCCGACCCUCACCGUCUGGCAAACCUUGAAGUUCUCCUUGAUCAACAAAACGAAGAAGCACGACAAGGCCAGCAUCCCCAUCAUCAUCGACGCGCUGCUGAAGAUGUUUGGGAUCACUCAUACCAAGAACACGCUCGUCGGCAACGAGUUCGUGCGGGGGGUGUCGGGAGGGGAGAGAAAGCGUGUCAGUAUUGCCGAGACCCUGGCCACCAAGUCCUCCGUCGUCUGCUGGGAUAAUUCCACCAGAGGACUGGACGCCAGCACGGCUCUGGAUUAUGCUAAGUCGCUUCGAAUCAUGACCGAUGUCAGCAAGCGUACCACUCUCGUCACCCUCUACCAGGCAGGAGAGAGUAUCUAUGAGCUCAUGGACAAGGUCUUGGUGAUCGAUGAGGGUCGGAUGCUCUACCAGGGGCCGGCCAACGAAGCUCGCGAGUAUUUUACCAACCUCGGCUUCUACUGCCCAGAACAAUCUACAACCGCUGACUUUCUGACCUCCCUCUGUGAUCCCAACGCUCGCCAGUUCCAGCCCGGUCGCGAGGCCUCGACCCCCAGGACCGCGGAAGAGCUCGAGGCGGUCUUCAAGAACAGCGAUGCCUACAAAAGUAUCUGGAAUGAGGUAUCCGGCUAUGAGAAGAAAUUGCAGGACACCAACCAAGAGGAUACCCGCCGCUUCCAGAAGACUGUGGCUCAAUCCAAGAGUAAAACGGUCUCGAAAAAGUCCAGCUACACGGUCUCGCUCGUCCGUCAGGUUUUGGCUUGCGUGCGGCGUGAAUUCUGGCUGCUGUGGGGCGACAAGACCUCGCUCUACACCAAGUAUUUCAUCAUCAUCUCCAACGCCCUGAUCGUCUCGUCUCUGUUCUACGGCGAAGCUCUCGAUACCAGUGGCGCCUUCUCCCGCGGCGGUGCGCUCUUCUUCUCGAUUCUGUUCCUUGGCUGGCUGCAGUUGACGGAGCUGAUGCCUGCCGUCAGUGGACGGGGCAUCGUUGCGCGUCACAAGGAGUAUGCGUUCUACCGUCCGUCCGCCGUAUCGAUCGCCCGAGUCGUCGUGGACUUUCCUGCCAUCUUCUGUAUGGUCGUGCCGUUCACAAUCAUCGUUUACUUCAUGUCCGGCCUCGAUGUGAGCGCGUCCAAGUUCUUCAUCUAUUUCCUGUUCGUGUACACGACAACCUUCUCCAUCACGUCCUUGUACCGAAUGUUCGCUGCGCUCUCGCCAACGAUUGAUGAUGCUGUCCGCUUCGCUGGUAUUGCUCUGAACGUGCUCGUCCUGUUCGUCGGUUACGUCAUCCCCAAGCAAGGCCUCAUCGACGGGUCCAUCUGGUUCGGGUGGCUCUUGUACGUGAACCCAAUCUCAUACAGCUACGAAGCUGUCUUGGCAAACGAAUUUUCGGAUCGUGUUCUGGAGUGUGCCCCAUCCCAGCUGGUGCCCCAGGGUCCCGGCGUUGACCCGAGGUACCAAGGCUGUGCCCUCCCAGGUUCCGAGCUGGGUCAGCCACGGGUUUCCGGCACCCGGUACCUGGAGGAGUCGUUCCAAUUUACGAGGAGCCAUCUGUGGCGCAACUUUGGGGUCGUUAUCGCGUUCACCGUGCUCUAUCUGAUCGUGACGGUGCUGGCUGCUGAGUUCCUUUCCUUCGUGGGCGGCGGCGGCGGCGCACUGGUCUUCAAGCGGUCGAACCGGGCCAAGAAAAUCGCAGCUCAGAACAACCAAGGCAACGAUGAAGAGAAAGUCUCCAGACCCGGUGACCAUGCCGCACUAUCACGCGGGGAGGCGGCGGCGCCAGCGGCCAACGACGGUGCCUUCAAUCGUAUUUCAUCCAGUGACAGGAUCUUCACCUGGUCGAACGUCGAGUACACGGUUCCCUACGGCAACGGGACGAGAAAGCUGUUGAAUGGUGUCAACGGCUACGCGAAGCCUGGCAUCAUGAUUGCUCUGAUGGGCGCAUCGGGAGCGGGGAAGACGACCCUGCUGAACACCCUGGCUCAGCGCCAGAAGAUGGGCGUGGUGACCGGUGAUAUGCUGGUCGACGGCCAUCCGCUUGGAGCCGAUUUCCAGCGAGGCACCGGAUUCUGCGAGCAGAUGGAUCUGCACGACAACACAGCCACCAUCCGAGAGGCCCUAGAGUUCUCCGCCUUGCUCCGCCAGGACAGAAAUAUCCCCAAGCAGGAAAAGCUCGACUACGUCGACCAGAUCGUUGACCUGCUGGAGUUACACGACAUCCAGGAUGCCAUCAUCGGCUCUCUCAACGUCGAGCAGAAGAAGCGCGUGACCAUUGGGGUCGAGCUCGCUGCCAAGCCGAGCCUCCUGUUGUUCCUCGACGAGCCCACUAGUGGUCUCGACAGCCAAGCGGCCUUUUCCAUCGUGAGAUUCUUGAAGAAGCUCUCACAAGCCGGACAGGCGAUUGUGUGCACCAUUCACCAGCCGUCGUCCAUGUUGAUCCAGCAGUUUGAUAUGAUCCUGGCUUUGAAUCCCGGUGGCAACACCUUCUACUUUGGUCCAGUCGGCCCGCAGGGCCGCGACGUGGUCCGCUACUUCGCUGAUCGCGGGGUCGUCUGCCCUCCUUCGAAGAACGUGGCCGAGUUCAUUCUCGAAACGGCCGCCAAGGCCACCACGACGAAGGACGGCAGGAAGGUCGACUGGAACGAGGAAUGGAGGAACUCGGAGCAGAACCGCCGAAUCCUUGACGAAAUCGAGCAGAUCAGGGAAGAGCGCAGCAAGAUCCCCGUGACGGAGAACAACAUCCCGUAUGAAUUCGCCGCGCCCACCACGACGCAGACGCUGCUCCUCACCCAGAGGAUCUUCAAGCAGUACUGGCGGGACCCGUCGUAUUACUACGGCAAACUGUUCGUCAGCGUCAUCAUCGGUAUCUUCAACGGCUUCACCUUCUGGAUGCUGGGCAACUCGAUUGCCAGCAUGCAGGACCGCAUGUUCUCGUGCUUCGUGAUCAUCCUGCUCCCCCCCAUCGUGCUCAACAGCAUCGUGCCCAAGUUCUACAUGAACCGCGCGCUCUGGGAAGCCCGCGAGUACCCCAGCCGCAUCUACGGAUGGUUCGCCUUCUGCACUGCCAACGUUGUCUGCGAGAUCCCCAUGGCCAUCGUGUCGAGCGUCAUCUACUGGCUGCUGUGGUACUACCCCGUGGGAUUCCCCACGGACUCGAGCACCGCGGGCUACGUCUUCCUCAUGUCGAUGCUCUUCUUCCUCUUCCAAGCCAGCUGGGGACAAUGGAUCUGCGCCUUUGCCCCCUCCUUCACCGUCAUCUCCAACGUCCUCCCCUUCUUCUUCGUCAUGUGCAACCUCUUCAACGGCAUCGUCCGCCCCUACCGCGACUACCCCGUCUUCUGGAAAUACUGGAUGUACUACGUCAACCCGGUCACCUGGUGGCUCCGCGGCGUCAUCUCCUCCAUCUUCCCCGCCGUGCAAAUCACCUGCGCCCCUUCCGAGACAACCCACUUCCACCCGCCCCCCGGCACCUCCUGCGCCCGCUACGCAGACAACUUCGUCUCCAACAUCGCCGCCGCCGGAUACCUGCUCAACCCGGACGCCUCCGCCGACUGCCAGUACUGCCCCUUCGCCAACGGCGAGCAGUACAUGGCCACCCUGAACGUGCGCGCCGACGACAAGUGGCGCUGCUUCGGCAUCUUCCUCGCCUUUGUCAUCAUCAACUGGCUGCUGGUGUAUUUCUUCAUCUACACCGUGCGCGUCCGCCGCUGGUCGUUUGGCAUGGGCUAUUUCUUUGGGGGGCUUGCAUGGGUCGGGGGGAAGGUUCGGGGGGUGUUUUCGCGGAAAGGAGAAGAAAGAGGAAGGGAAUUGAAUUGA